UACGUAGUACCAGUACGCGCCGUGAUCCAGGUUGGGUCUGUAUUGGAUCAGCACGCAACUUUGCAAUACAACAUCGAGUUUAGUUGCACUUUGUGUACGCGCAAAUUACAGUGAAAAACGUUGUUGUUACUUACAGUUGGACUUUAUAUCUACGUGUGCGUUUAUAUGACACUGAUGUGAAAUUAUUUGACUGAAAAAAAAUGUUUUUUUGAAGUGAAACUCGUUAUGUGUGAUGUGCAAAGGACGUAUGAGGUGCAUAUAUUGUAUAAAUAAAUAGUUGAGGAAGAAUUACUUUGCCAAUGUAGUUUUACAAAUAAACCAGUUAUUAUGUGGACUCAACAUUAAAAAAUGUGGUCGGCUAAGGAUUCGCCGUCGCACAGUAGGAUGGAAAAGUGUAGACGGAAGCUGAAGAGUGACCGACGGCAGCGAAGAGCGGUGACGCGCUGAUUCAAGAUGGCAACUGGCACACAAGCGGGAGGUGGGCCUCUCGCGCGUCUGCUGAUACUAGCCGUGUUACAAGUCAAUUUUAUAGCUCUAGGUCUGGAACCGGACUUCCUCUACCCGCUGGAGAACGUCACCAUAGCCCAAGGGAGAGACGCUACCUUCACGUGUGUGGUCAAUAACCUCGGUGGUUAUAGGGUGAGUGGCGACUCCGCCACCGCCAGGGUGGCAUGGAUCAAGGCGGACACUAAAGCGAUUCUGGCGAUACACGAACACGUGAUCACCAACAACGCGAGACUGAGCGUUACACACAGUGACUUCAACACGUGGACUCUCAACAUACGCGGGGUGAAACGGGAGGACAGGGGGCAGUACAUGUGCCAAGUUAACACAGACCCGAUGAAAAUGCAGACAGCAUUUCUAGAGGUAGUGAUACCUCCUGACAUAGUCUACGAAGAGACGUCAGGGGACAUGAUGGUACCCGAGGGGGGGUCCGCCAAACUUGUGUGCAAAGCGCGCGGCUUCCCCCCACCCAAAAUAGUGUGGAAAAGAGAAGACGGGGGUGAUAUCAUAUCAAGAGGUGGACCACAAGGUAAAACUAAAGUACCGACACUCGAAGGUGAGAUUGUAAAUCUCACUAAAGUGACUCGAUCAGAAAUGGGAGCCUACUUGUGCAUCGCAGCCAACGGUGUUCCGCCUACCGUCAGUAAAAGAAUAAUGCUUCAAGUGCACUUUCAUCCAUUAGUUCAAGUACCGAAUCAACUGGUGGGAGCGCCGACUGGCACGGAUGUCACCUUGCAGUGCCACGUGGAGGCUUCGCCCAGAGCUAUUAAUUACUGGACGAGAGAUAAUGGUAAGAAAGCUAAGUUAAACUAUUUUUAA